UAUAUAUAUUCAGCAUUUUGCAGCCAGCCAAAGAUGUCGAGGCGUGCUCUGCUUCCCAAGGCAGACAGAGCAGGGCAGGGGACUUAGGACACAGGAUUUAUCCCUGGCUUGCUGUGUGCCUUGAAACCAGCUGCAACCACUCUGAUUUUAAAAACUGAGCCACGGAAAGCAGUCUGCUCAGCUUGUCACCUGCCUGUCGUCAGGGGAGCCCACGGAUGAGAUAAUGUCUGUUAAUCCCAGUCCAAGUAGAAAAGGCCAUGGAAACAGAGGAGGCUCCUGAAUGUUGGCUCUGUGGGAACACAGAAACUGCAGCCAUGACCACGCACGUCACCUUGGAAGAUGCCCUGUCCAACGUGGACCUGCUCGAGGAGCUGCCCCUCCCCGACCAGCAGCCAUGCAUCGAGCCUCCGCCCUCCUCCAUCAUGUACCAGGCUAACUUUGAUACGAACUUCGAGGACAGGAAUGCAUUUGUCACGGGCAUCGCAAGGUACAUUGAGCAGGCCACGGUGCACUCGAGCAUGAAUGAGAUGCUGGAGGAAGGACAUGAGUAUGCGGUCAUGCUGUACACCUGGCGCAGCUGCUCCCGGGCCAUUCCCCAGGUCAAAUGCAACGAACAGCCCAACCGAGUGGAGAUCUACGAGAAGACGGUGGAGGUGCUGGAGCCGGAGGUCACCAAGCUUAUGAAGUUCAUGUACUUUCAGCGCAAGGCCAUAGAGCGGUUCUGCAGUGAGGUGAAGCGGCUGUGCCACGCCGAGCGCAGGAAGGACUUCGUCUCCGAGGCCUACCUCCUGACCCUGGGCAAGUUCAUCAACAUGUUCGCCGUCCUGGACGAGCUGAAGAACAUGAAGUGCAGCGUCAAGAAUGACCACUCUGCCUAUAAGAGGGCGGCGCAGUUCCUGAGGAAGAUGGCGGACCCCCAGUCUAUCCAGGAGUCCCAGAACCUGUCCAUGUUCCUGGCCAACCACAACAGGAUCACCCAGUGUCUCCACCAGCAACUGGAAGUGAUCCCAGGCUACGAGGAGCUCUUGGCGGACAUUGUCAACAUCUGCGUGGAUUACUACGAGAACAAGAUGUACCUGACCCCCAGCGAGAAACACAUGCUCCUCAAGGUGAUGGGCUUCGGCCUUUACCUGAUGGAUGGAAAUGUCAGUAAUGUUUACAAACUGGAUGCCAAGAAGAGAAUCAAUCUUAGCAAAAUUGAUAAAUUCUUUAAGCAGCUGCAGGUGGUGCCCCUUUUCGGCGACAUGCAGAUAGAGCUGGCCAGAUACAUUAAGACCAGUGCUCACUAUGAAGAGAACAAGUCCAAGUGGACCUGCACUCAGAGCAGCAUCAGCCCCCAGUACAACAUCUGCGAGCAGAUGGUUCAGAUCCGGGAUGACCACAUCCGCUUCAUCUCCGAACUCGCUCGCUACAGCAACAGCGAGGUGGUGACGGGCUCGGGACUGGACAGCCAGAAAUCAGACGAGGAGUAUCGCGAGCUCUUCGACCUGGCCCUGCGGGGCCUGCAGCUGCUGUCCAAGUGGAGUGCCCAUGUCAUGGAGGUGUACUCUUGGAAGCUGGUUCACCCCACAGACAAGUUCUGCAACAAGGACUGCCCCGGCACAGCGGAGGAGUACGAGAGAGCCACGCGCUACAAUUACACCAGCGAGGAGAAGUUUGCCUUCGUGGAGGUGAUCGCCAUGAUCAAAGGCCUGCAGGUGCUCAUGGGCAGGAUGGAGAGCGUCUUCAACCAGGCCAUCAGGAACACCAUCUACGCAGCCCUGCAGGACUUUGCCCAGGUGACGCUGCGCGAGCCCCUGCGGCAGGCGGUGCGGAAGAAGAAGAACGUCCUCAUCAGUGUCCUGCAGGCAAUUCGGAAGACCAUCUGUGACUGGGAGGGAGGGCGAGAGCCCCCCAAUGACCCGUGCUUGAGAGGGGAGAAGGACCCCAAAGGUGGCUUUGACAUCAAGGUGCCCCGGCGUGCUGUGGGGCCAUCCAGCACACAGGCCUGCCAGUGGUCCCCGAGGGCUUUGUUUCACCCCACUGGUGGCACACAGGGCCGAAGAGGCUGCCGAUCCCUGCUGUACAUGGUGCGAACCAUGCUUGAGUCGCUCAUCGCAGACAAGAGCGGCUCCAAGAAGACGCUGAGAAGCAGCCUGGAUGGGCCUAUUGUGCUCGCCAUAGAGGACUUCCACAAACAGUCCUUCUUCUUCACGCACCUGCUCAACAUCAGCGAAGCCCUGCAGCAAUGCUGCGACCUCUCCCAGCUCUGGUUCCGAGAGUUCUUCCUGGAGUUGACCAUGGGCCGGCGAAUCCAGUUCCCCAUUGAGAUGUCCAUGCCCUGGAUUCUAACGGACCAUAUCCUGGAAACCAAAGAACCUUCCAUGAUGGAGUACGUCCUCUACCCCCUGGACCUGUACAACGACAGCGCCUACUAUGCGCUGACCAAGUUUAAGAAGCAGUUCCUGUACGACGAGAUCGAGGCCGAGGUGAACCUGUGUUUUGAUCAGUUUGUCUACAAGCUGGCGGACCAGAUCUUCGCUUACUACAAAGCCAUGGCCGGCAGUGUCCUGUUGGAUAAACGUUUUAGAGCUGAAUGCAAGAAUUACGGAGUCAUCAUUCCGUACCCACCGUCCAACCGCUAUGAAACGCUGCUGAAACAGAGACACGUCCAGCUGCUGGGGAGAUCAAUUGACUUGAACAGACUUAUCACCCAGCGCAUUUCUGCCGCCAUGUAUAAAUCCUUGGACCAGGCCAUCAGCCGCUUCGAGAGCGAGGACCUGACCUCCAUCGUGGAGCUGGAGUGGCUGCUGGAGAUCAACCGGCUCACCCACCGGCUGCUCUGCAAGCACAUGACGCUGGACAGCUUCGACGCCAUGUUCCGGGAGGCCAAUCACAACGUGUCUGCCCCCUACGGCCGGAUCACUCUGCACGUCUUCUGGGAGCUGAACUUUGACUUUCUCCCCAACUACUGCUACAAUGGCUCCACCAACCGCUUUGUCCGGACUGCCAUUCCUUUCACCCAAGAACCACAACGAGACAAACCCGCCAACGUCCAGCCUUAUUACCUCUAUGGGUCCAAGCCCCUCAACAUUGCCUACAGCCACAUCUACAGCUCCUACAGGAACUUCGUGGGGCCCCCGCACUUCAAGACCAUCUGCAGACUCCUGGGCUACCAGGGCAUCGCCGUGGUGAUGGAGGAGCUGCUGAAGAUCGUCAAGAGCUUGCUCCAAGGCACGAUUCUCCAGUAUGUGAAAACGCUGAUAGAGGUCAUGCCCAAGAUUUGCCGCUUGCCCCGGCACGAGUAUGGCUCCCCAGGGAUCCUGGAGUUCUUCCACCACCAGCUGAAGGACAUCAUUGAGUAUGCAGAGCUCAAAACAGACGUGUUCCAGAGCCUGAGGGAAGUGGGCAAUGCCAUCCUGUUCUGCCUCCUCAUAGAGCAAGCGCUGUCUCAGGAGGAAGUCUGCGAUUUGCUCCAUGCUGCACCCUUCCAGAACAUCUUGCCCCGAGUCUACAUCAAAGAGGGGGAGCGCCUGGAGGUCCGAAUGAAACGUCUGGAAGCCAAGUACGCCCCUCUGCACCUGGUCCCUCUGAUAGAGCGGCUGGGGACUCCUCAGCAAAUCGCCAUCGCUCGGGAGGGGGACCUGCUGACCAAGGAGCGGCUGUGCUGUGGCCUGUCCAUGUUCGAGGUCAUCCUGACCCGCAUUCGGAGCUACCUGCAGGACCCCAUCUGGCGGGGCCCGCCCCCCACCAACGGCGUCAUGCACGUGGAUGAGUGCGUGGAGUUCCACCGACUGUGGAGCGCCAUGCAGUUCGUCUACUGCAUCCCCGUGGGGACCAACGAGUUCACCGCUGAGCAGUGUUUCGGUGACGGCUUGAACUGGGCCGGCUGCUCCAUCAUCGUCCUGCUGGGCCAGCAGCGUCGCUUCGACCUGUUCGACUUCUGUUACCACCUGCUGAAGGUGCAGAGGCAGGACGGGAAGGAUGAGAUCAUAAAGAACGUGCCCCUGAAGAAGAUGGCCGACCGGAUCAGGAAGUACCAGAUCUUGAACAAUGAGGUUUUUGCCAUCCUGAACAAGUACAUGAAGUCCGUGGAGACGGACAGUUCCACCGUGGAGCAUGUGCGCUGCUUCCAGCCGCCCAUCCACCAGUCCUUGGCCACCACCUGCUAGGCAGAAGGUCCUGCAGACCCUUGACCAGCAGGAGGAAGAGGAGGAGCAGGGGAGAGAAAGCCACAGCCAGCCUGCCACAUGACCCGACCGGACAGCGCGUGGGAUGGACCCAGAAACAAACAAGCACCUCCCCAAACACAUCUGCAGCAUUCCCAAGGGCGAGGCCUGUGCAUGCUCUCCCAUGACAUCGCCAUGGUGGUUUGUCCAUAGCAUAAAUGAAAAAAACAAAAAACAGGGCAGUGUGUGUUUUUUUUUCUUUUCUCCCCUUAGCUGUAUUAAGAGCUCCUGGUUUCACCCUUUCUCCAUCCCAUAGUUCCACCCAUCUGCGGUUGCUUCCCCAGAACUUCUCCCAAGAUGGCGGCCUUUUCCCCAGGGCCCGCGUGCGACCCCAGGACUGAAGGCUCAGAGACUCAGCCCGGCCCAGAGGGCAGGCGACAGCCUACUGCUGCUUCCUCUCCCCGGGCUCCCCCCUCCAGGGCCCCAGGUGGCAUCUCCCCCUGCAGUCAGUGCCGGGGAUCCUACAUAUAGGCUCCCCAAAACCCCAUCCUAACCACACACCCCCCCAGGACAGUCCAAGAAAGAAGUCAGAAGAGCUUUCAUAGCUGUACCCCGCUGAGUGGAGACAGGGGUAGGAGCACGGUCAGGCCUGGGGGGGAAGCAGGAUGUAUGAACACAACCAGGAUGCUACAGCCCCAAACAGAACAUGUUUAGGCCAUUGCAGCAGCCUAAUGAUGAGAUAGUUCUCUUAUUCCUUAAGCAGGUGCUUAGCACGGGGCACACACGAGAGGCAGUCUUGACCAAGUCACAGCCCUGCCCACAGCAUUAGCCAGCCACCAAAUUAGGGACCACUUCUUGGCACAGAAUCUCAUCAAGGAAAACUCCCAUGAGAAAGAGUUAUUAAGGGAUUUGUACAACAGAGGCCAAAAACAUCUUGGGGACAGGGAGGUAAGAAAUAAAAAUAAUACUUAUCAAUGAGCUUUGAAUAUCAAGAUAAACCCCACAGGGGAGGCCUGUUGUAGUGAAUCAGAACUUUAGUUGUCCUAGAUGCUCAAAGUGUCUUGCAACGUUUCAUCUUUUGCUCGCAACUUCCUGUUCUCAGUGUUCCUUAAGUUAGACUUUGGGGUGUGUCUUCUCUCACAAGGGUAUAUGUCCUUCCAUUUUCCCGACUGAACUAAAAUUCCUCUGCAGAAUCUUCCGCCAAGUGUGGGGAGACCACUGAGAAGGACAGAGGCCUUUGGGAUAGAAAUGUCUUGUUACAGAGCACAUUGUCUUCAAAGGGUGGCUGCAGCACUGAGCUUUUAAGAACAUACAAAGUGUGCUAUUUGACAGUCUCCUCCAACCCAGGGAAGAAGAGAAAAGAGAAAAUGGAAGGAACAAUAAUGAAAUAGUUACCUUUAAUCAGAUGCAUUUUCACCCCAUGGGAAGAGCAAAGGAAGUGUCCAUAGCAACAGGCUUGUGCAAUAGACUCGUCCUCCAGUGAGAAAUUUGGGGGUGCCAAAUGUGGUCCAAUGGCCGCUUACAUCAGACCCUGAGAUUAGCACAUUUGAAUGCAGAGUCCUGGGCCCCACCUCAAACCUAAUUUGAAUCUCUGGGAGUAGAGCCUGGAAAUCUGCAUUUUUCCAUAAGCUCUCUGAGUCACUCUGUUGGGCAGCAAAGUUUGGGAACCACUGCUUUAUAGGAAUCCUUCUGCUUAACCUUGGGCUUUGAACUGCCUCUAAGCCAUGAAAGGAAAUAUGUGUAGGGAAGGAAGGUGAUUCAGAGUGGAAGCUGGCAGACCCUCCUGUCUGGAGCUACCACGUCCUAUUUCUGAUUUCUUUUUUCCCCUUGGUGGCCACAAGAGUGUCCCAGAGGCAAAAGGGAGAGGUCACCCCACCUGGCAGAACUACAUGGUAAAACAUGCCUCCAAAACCCACAUGCAAUCUCUAAGCUCCUGAGCCUCCCAGAUCUUCCAUGCUAUCUAGGGACGGUAGCUAGCUCUGUCUGAUGACCAGCGUUCAUCCCCAAUCCUUGACCAUGGCUUUGUAGAGAUUUGGAUCAUCCAUUUGGUAAGAUGGCUAUUGCAAUCACCUGCCCCUCCCACCCUGCAUUCAUAACCCUGAACUUGACCCCCUGGGCAGAGUUACAUUAUCCUCAGGAGACUUGAUCCCAGCAAAUUGAGGUCUUCACUUGCAGGAGAGAGAUUUCAUUUCCCUGGCUUGCCAGCAGCACUUAUUUAUGAACACCAGACAAAUUUAAUAUUCUUCCCUCCCUGAUAUUACUGCCUCCCCAGCCCUACCUUUUGAUUUCUGUGUGUGUGUCUAAGAACCAGGAAAAAAAUAAAUAAAGCUUAGGUUUUAAAAAGAUUUAAAAUACCUGUUUCAGAAACUGUCAAAUGUACCAUAUUUGUAUUAAGAGUUGUUGGGGAUUUUUGUACAAUGAAUUUACAUUUAUUUAUGGUGACUUAUAUUUACGCUUGUGAUCAAAGAAUGAUGUUAAAUUCUUAAAUCCUAUUUGCUAUGCAGCUGAAGAUGAUAUUUUGAUUUGUAUUUUGGGGGUACCUGUGUUGAAUUGAUAAACAUUUCCAUCUCCAUUAAAACUGCUUCCAGACCAGUAAAAC